AUGGAGAAACCUCCGCUCGCUUCGCUCUCCCUCACGCAUGUGCACUAUGACCCCACCGACCCGAUCUCGUGGCUCUGCGCUCAUCUUGCCCUCGUUCCGCAGGCAUUGGUCAUAACAUAUGUUGCGUUGGUAUGGAGUACACGCGAGAUUGAGAUCGUGAUCAUGUUCGCUGGCCAAAUGGGCUGCGAGGCGUUGAAUUGGAUAUUGAAGCGGUACAUCAAAGAGGAGAGACCGACGCAAAUGCUAGGCAAAGGCUAUGGGAUGCCCUCUUCGCACGCUCAAUUUGUCGCUUUCUUCGCAGCAUACCUCUCUCUCUUCCUCCUUCUCCGUCACGAUCCGCACAACCAUCCACACGCUUCCUCUACCCACGCUCCGACACCUCUAUGGCAGCGUCUGGGCUUGGCUGUCCUCUCCAUUGGAGGCGCUGUCGCUGUAGCUCAAAGUCGGAUCUACUUGAACUAUCACACCCCCAAACAGGUCUAUGUAGGCAGCAUAGCAGGCGUUUCUUGCGCGAUUGCCUGGUUUGUGGUUACGAGCAUUGCAAGGCAGUGUGGCUUGGUGGAGUGGUUGUUGGAACUACCGUUGGUACAAUGGGCAAGGAUGAGGGAUCUGGUAGUGAGUGAGAGCUUGGAAGAUGCUGGUUGGGAGAGGUGGAGGAUGAACGUGCAGAAAAGAAGGGCCCUUGGAGGGAAGAAGCGCAACUGA